AUGCUGUCACGGUACGCUGCGUCUACGCUAUCGGCGUCGUUCUCGCGUCUCUCGGUUCACGCCCCCGUCGCGUCGACCUCGCGCGUCGCCGUGCGCCCGCGCGCCCUCCCCUCCCUGGCUCCCCUCUCUCGGCCAUUCUCCUCCACUCUCCCGACGCAGAGGUCGACUGUUGGGCAGGUCCUCCGUGGAUGCCGCAAGACGAUCGUCAAGCAGUCCAAGGCGCCGCUGCUCGAGCAGUGCUUCCAGAAGAAGGGGGUCGUGAGCAAGGUCUACACCGUCAAGCCGCGUAAGCCCAACUCGGCCGUGCGCAAGGUGUGCAAGGUCAAGCUGUCGACGGGCAACUCGUGCAUCGCCUACAUCCCCGGCGAGGGGCACAACCUGCAGGAGCACCACGUUGUGCUUAUCCGUGGAGGACGGACGAAGGAUAUUCCCGGUUGUCGCUACAAGGUCGUCCGUGGCGCGCUCGACCUGAACGGUGUGGCUGGCCGUGUCUCGGCGCGCUCCAAGUACGGCGUGAAGAAGCCGAAGAAGAACUAG